AUGGCUUCGCUAUUAAGACUUCAGCCCCUCAAAGGCCUCUAUUUGAUCUACCAGCUCAUCAGCACAGUGUUAAUACGACUUCCAAUAUGGGUUCUCACUUCAAUCCCCAGGUCAUGGCGUCCUAGACCGCAUUGGACGAUGAGAAAAUCUGUCAAGCUUAAGGUGGUGCGCCAUAUGAUAGAUUUAACGACUAUAAUCGGACCCUUGAGGAAAACACCAAAUCAUCUGGCUAUCACCCCCGGCACAGGAGUUAAUGGCGUCUGGAUCCCCCCCAUCCCAGGACUCGUCAAAGAAGAGCUGGAGAGGUGGGCCAACGUAUCCCAAGUCAUUUCCACUGAAAUUCCUGGUUACUGGCAACACAAAAAAGGAUCAACAAUCGACAUCGCCGCUCCCCCUAUGCCUGGAGAAAAAGUUAUCUACAGUCUCCAUGGAGGUGGUUAUAUCACCUUUUCUGCUCAUCCUUCGGAUAUGACUGCAGCUAUCGCUCGAGGUCUCCUCCAGCACGUUGACUCUGUCCAUCGUGUCUUUUCUUGCGAAUAUCGACUUUCUUCCGGGGAAGGGGUGAGAGCACAGAACCCAUUUCCUGCGGCUUUGAUCGAUGCUUUGGCGGGAUAUGUUUAUCUCGUCGACAUUGUCAAAUUCGAUCCUGCAGAUAUAAUUCUUGAAGGGGACAGUGCUGGAGGAAAUCUAGCUCUUGCAUUGACUAGAUACCUAAUCGAGCACCAAAACUCAGGCCUUCCUUCUCCACCUGGCGCUCUGCUCUUGCUCUCAGCCUGGGCAGACCUCAAACCCCCAAAUGCCUGGCUUGACAAUGCUAAAUCCGACUUUAUUGACCUCGCGGAUGGAGGGACUUUAGCACGCGCCGUCAUUUCCUUCGUCGGUCCGCACGGUCUCAAAGCCGCAGAAACCAACCCAAUGAUAUCACCCGGGUCACGGAACCCUGAAAUGAAGAUCCAUUUUCACGGUUUUCCAAGGACAUUCAUCGCGGCGGGAGGUGCUGAGGUGCUUUAUGAUAUGCUUUGUUCUUUGAAAGAAAGAAUGGUUAGUGAUUUAGGUGAAGGUGAUGGGGUUCGGCCAGGAGAGGGGAAAGUGCGCUGGUAUUGUCCUCCUGAUGCUUCGCAUGAUUGGGUCGCUUUUCCGCAAGAUGAAACAGAGCGUAUCGAUACGCUAAAAGCGAUAGCUACUUGGGUCGCUGCUUCGUAG